CCAGCUAAUUUAUUGUACAAAACAUAUCUUUGGCAGGAGAAGCAGCUACUUGGAGGGCACUCCACUCAAGCAUGUGCAAUUCCAUUAUUUGCAUUGUUUAAUUUGGUAACCUGCUGUGAUGCAUCAUCCAAAUAAAAAGGGUAGACCGAAUUCAUUCCCGACACAAUCACGCACGGCACAACACGUACAGCUUGAAGCCCAAAUCUCAAAAUACGAAAUGGAGAAAGAGACGACGAGGCACAGCAAGGAACAGACGCUGCAGGCGUCGUCGAGGUCGCCGACCACCGUGAACGACAUCCCCGACCGGCUGCUCAAGCUCAUCUUCCGCCGCCUGGACUCGCAUGUCGCCUACGUCCGCGCGGCAGCUGUGUGCACACGGUGGCGCAGCAUCGUCUCCACGCGCGGCAUCUUCAACCUGAGUUAUCACACCCACGAUUUUUCUACCACCAUCGGCCACUACCACGUCGUGGACCCGUCUUCCUCGCCGGGGCGGAGGAGGUGGUCCUCGCGGGAGCAGCAGCCCAGCUGCCGCGUGGUGUUCGUCCCUGCCGCGCCCUCCAUCGACGCUCGCCACUUCGCCCUGGACUUCCUGCCCAGUUGCCCUGCUGGCCGUGGCCGGCGCCAACGCUGGGAGGUCGUCGACGGCUGCGGCAGCCUCCUGCUCGUCGCCAACCAGCCGCGGCGCGGCAUGUUCCCAGACCUCGUAGCCUGCGAGCCCAUCUCCCGGCGCUACGUCAGGAUCCAGCCAGCUGAGGACAUGAAGCACCGCCGCUGUCUCGGCGUCUUCCUCGACGGCUACCGCAGCGUCACGAGCCUGUGCAACUUCAGUUUGACCUGCGUCCUGUCCGAGCCUUCCGCGGGGAUCGCAGACGGUGUCAGCGCUGUGACCGCCCGUGUCUACCGGCACCAACCGCCUGGGUGGAGCCGGUGGAAAUACGGCUGGAGCAUGCCUCGCCUCGCGACCUCCGGCAGCGUCCACCUCCGCGGCGCCGAGUGCGCGCGCUACGCGGGGCGCUCCAAGGGAUUCGUAUUCUGGGGAAUCAUCCAAGAUGACGGCACCGUCGUCGUCGCCGCACGGGAGGGCAGCUGCGUGCUGUCGAGCUUCCGUCUGCCAGACCACGUCCGAGGGGCAUCGUUGUCACACCACCAGUCGACGACCUUUCGGUUCGUCGACGACGGCGCCGACAACGAUGACUUGGUGCGGGUCGUCAGCCUUGUCGGCGAGGAUCUCAGGGUCUUUCUGAAGCGGGACCACAACGACAGCGGUGCUGGCAUCGAUUGGGUGCCUGUGCGGAGCCUGAACCUGCGUGAGGCGACUCGUGGACUUCCGUGGUUCAAGGAGUGCUUCUUCAGCCAGACAGCCAAGGUUGUCACGGCUGGCAAGGGAUAUAUUGUGCUGACCCCAGCGGAGGAGACAUGGCCGUUCUCUAUCGAGUUGGGAACCAUGGAGGCGGAGCGUGAGCACAUCCGGAAUAGGCUCGCCGGCGAGGUCUAUCCAUACCGACUGCACUUACGGCCAAGGGUGCGCGCUUGUGUGUUCAGCUGCAAGAGGGGCCGCUGGGGCCCGUGUUAUGACAUUUGCAGGUGCACAUAGGGUAGUCUCAUUCAUCAAUUAAGUCUAUAUCUAGUUAACAACACACAAGCAAGAUAUCACUUUUUGAAACUAUACUAUGAUGCAAAUGCAAGCAAUCAUAUGAAUUGCGCAACACAAAUGCAUCAACCAAGUGUUUGUUGGGCACUGACACGCGGCUGCGCUGUCAGGUGGACCCUAACACUCGAUUGACAGGUGGAAGCUGAGGUGCACGAUGAAACAAACUGCGGAGAAUUGUAGUUUCUCGUUAUGUGUGUCCUGUUCUGCUACAUGGAGGGGGGUAUUUAUAGGCCUGUUCGGGAGUAGGUGGUCCAAUGUACGCCCCUACCCCCGGCUACCAACUAUAUUUGAGGGA